AUGAGCGACAAAGCCUCGUACCCGAAGAAGUCACCAAAGUCUCCUUCAUCAGGAGCCAGUGAAGUCGUGUUACACGAUGCUGGGCACUGGGCUGCUUUGGCGCAGGAUGAGCAGGAUGACGAUGCCGACUCUUCGCUGGGUGUUGAUACAGAGUCGUCGACUGCUUCAAUGACAUCGAGUAUUCUGAAUUAUAGAACUAUCAAAGGAAGGACUUAUCAUUCUGAGAGAGGAAAUGCAGAGUAUUGGUGGGUUAUUGACUUUGCCGAUGAGCAUCCUCAAACCGAAGUAAUCGGCACGGACAUAUCCCCCAUCCAGCCCAGCUGGGUUCCCCCAAACGUCAAGUUUGAGAUUGAAGACUGCACUCAACCAUGGACCUUCUCCCCCGACUCAUUCGACUUUGUCUACAUGCGAUACCUCUACGGUUCCAUCAGCGAUUGGUCCGCUAUAUUCCAAGAGGCCUUUAGAUCAUGUAAGCCAGGUGGUUGGGUAGAGAGUUUCGAAGCGUCAGCUAUGCUUGAGAGUGAUGACGAUACUGUCAAGGAGGGUAGUGCGAUGAGCGAGUGGGGCAAGUUCUUUAUCGAAGGUGGAAAGAGACUUAAUCGAACGUUUACCAUCCUUGAUGAUGACCUGCAGAAGAAGGGAAUGGAAGAUGCAGGGUUUACGGACAUUCAGACUCGGGAUUUCAAGGCAAGUAACCCUAGAAGACUAUCCAGUUCAGUAUACCCUGCGACUAUGGCUAACUGGCCCUACAGCUUCCCAUCGGUAGCUGGCCCAAAGAUCCUAAGAUGA